AUGGCGAAAUGGAGCAUUCUGCUCUUGGUUGGGUAUGCGCUGGCAGCCUGCUCGGACGACGAUUGCGAGGUGGAGGCUAUGGAGGUGACGCUCCUGCAGACCAAGAUGGAGCUUUUCGAGACCCCCACUGACGUUCCCCCUGGCACUGCCGCGGUCGCCGCCACGGCGGCGCCCGUCGCGGAGCCCUUGGCGCCCGUGGCCGCGGCGCCCGCCGCGGCGCCCGCGACCGCGGCGCCCGUGGCGAAGAAGUUGGUGCCGGAGGACGCAGCGGCGGCAGCCUAUACCUCGCCCCCGUGCACCGGGGAUGGGCGCUUGGACCAGAACGCAGCGUGCAAGUACAACCCGAGCUGGUCCGGCUGCGUCCACUCGCCCGGGUGCAACUGGCAUGGCCAGAGCUACUUCGGCGGAUGGUGCGAAGGCGGCCCCACCUGCGUGUAUCUGCCCAGCCGGGCCGUGUGCAUGGGCAUCAGCGCGGGCUGCGCCUGGCAGGAGGCCACGGCGCCCUUGAACCUGACGGAGGGGGAGGUAGAGGCGGCCAUGGCCUCCCAGGUGGCCGCGGCCGCCUGGAGCGCGGCGGCCUCCGCGGCGCAGGCGGCGCUGGAGCACUCCAACUGCUUCGGCGACGGUACUCCCGCGCAGAACCAGGCCUGCCGGUACCACGUCUACUGGGGUACCUGCGUGCUCACCGCCGGGUGCAACUGGCACGGGGAGUCGGCGCUGGGCGGGUGGUGCACCGGCGGGGUGCAGUGCACCUACCAGCCUUUGGCCGCCACCUGCGUGGCCACCCCGGGCUGCUUCUGGGCCACCGCCACGGCCCCGCUGAUGAUCCCCAUGAAGGUGCCUGCAAAAUACCAUCAUUUCCGGGGAGAGUUGAAGUGCCGCAACGUUUGCGGAAGGAAGCACGGGGAACGACGCUCGCGCGUCCGAUGCGCCAUGGUGGGGCGCUUCGAGAGCGCCGAGCUGAAGCGGGACGCGCUGGCUCAUGAGGAGCUGAGUCUGCAGAUUUCCCCCGCCUUGGCUUCAAUCCGCGGGCCCGCCGCGCCUCGUGUCGCGCGCCUGUCGCUUCCCAUGGCCGCGGAGCAGCGGCGGCUCCUGGCCGCCGGCGCCUUCGCCGCGGCGGCGGAGGCGGCGCCAAAGCUGGCGGCGGUGGAGAGGGCGGCGCUGCUGGCGGAGCUGUGGCCGAAGGUGCAGGUGGCCCUCCGCGCGGACGCGUCCGCGUCCGCGCCAAACGGCGCGGCGCUAGCGUGGCUGGCGGCGGCCGCGGACCUGCGGCCGCAGGAGCUGGAGCCUGCGGCGCUGCAGCCUCUGGCCGGGCUCGCCGCCCUGGCCCCCGACUUGGCGCACGCCGCGGAAGCCCCGGGCGCCGGGCCGGGCGCGGCGGAGGCCGCCUGCCGCGCGCUGCGGAACUUGGCGCGGCUGCCGCGGCUGCGGCGGCCGCUGGCGGCCGCGGCGGCCGCGGCGGUGGCGAAGCUGGCGGAGGACGCGGCGCUCUGCGGCUCCGCCGCGGCGGCGCUGUGCAACCUGGGCUGCUGCCCGGAGGCCUCCUCUCUCCGAACCGAACGGGCGUGUCUGGGCGAAGCGCACCAAACGUCCGGCAAGGUGGUGCAGGAGGGGCGCCCAGCCACGGUGCGCGCUCUGCCAGCGUUGCUGCGCCACCUGCCGCACCUGCCGCCGGCAGAGGCCGACGACGUCGCGGCGUGCGUGGGCGUGGUGAUCUCGGGGCCCUUGGAGGCGGUGCCCCUGGAGAGCGUGGUCAGCCCUUUGGUGGAUGCGCUGGGGCAUGAGGACCCAGUGCUCACGGGCACGCUGCUGGAGGUGCUCUGCGAUCUGGUGGUUGCCUCAGGCCCCGGGGGCGCCGUGGCACCCAUGCUCGCGGCCCAGAAGAGGUUCGCCGCGGGCCUGCCGGCGCAGCUUCGCAGGGCGCCGGCGCUGCGGCUCUGCGUGCUGCUGCAGGACUUCCCUGGCUUUCGGGACGCCUUCCGGGCGGCUGGGGGCGUCGAGGCGCUGCGGGCCCUGAUACCACCUCCUUCGAAGGCGGCCGGGUACAAGGUCCAGUUCUGCCAGCUGAGGUGCGAAGGCCCGGACUGCGCGUGUGAUGGUCCGGGUGCCCCGACUGCGCCGCCGAGUCGACAAGAGGUUGCAGAACAGCUCUUGGAAGUCUUCGCGGAGCUCUGCGCCCGGGGCCUCUUGGGCCACAUGGCCUGCCUGCUGGGCGUAGCCAUCGCCGUGCUGGGCGUGGUGGGCAUCGCCUCCCCCCUGGUGGCGCUGGAUGCGCUGCCGGUGUUCCACUUUGGCAGCCCGGCCCUGCCGGCGCCCAGCGGAAGCUCCGGCGCAGGAUCCGCUCCUGCCGAGCCCUAUGCCUACGCUUCCACUGAAGUGGGCCAUGUCGGCAGCUAUGUGGACUAUGGCUGGGCGCCGGAGGUUCCUCCGCGGGAGACCAGCCGCUUGCACGUGGACUUCUCCCUGAUAACGAUGAUGGUCACCCUGCUGGCGGUUUGUGCCCUGCCGCCGCUCCUGCGAGCCCCCGCCAGCCCGGCCUGGGACGCCAGCUACGCGGCGCCAGGCGCGGCGGGCGGCGGCUUCCCGCUGCGGGACCUGCUGUCGGGGCCCGGGCGGCGCCUCAUCGACGUGAAGCCCGGGGAGCUCGCCCAAGGCGCGGGUAGCGGCUACGGCUACGGGGGCUACGGCGGCUACGGCGGCAGCGGCUUCGGCGCCUUCGGAACUGCGGCCCCGGCAAAUCCUUGGAGUGGCGCACAGGGAGCGCUGGGAUCGGGGAUGGCCAUGGGAGCCAUGGGAGCCAUGGGGCCCAUGGGAGCCAUGGGGCCCAUGGGGCCUGCGCCCAUGGAUUGGACGGCGCCGGGUGCGGGGUCGUGGAACACGGCGGUGCCGUCGCCCUACGGCAGCGGUUUGGGCGUGGGGCCUUCCCAAACGUUGGGCGGCAGCCACAGCCACAUGGGAAGUCAGACGAACCAGGCGCACCAGGGCAUGCAGUCCUACCCCUGGCGCGGCUUCGGGGCGGGGCCCACAGAGACAGAGGUCCAAGAGACCUACGCCAUGUUCGGCGUGCAGCUGCAGCAGUGGGUCCCCGCCAUUGCUGCAGCCAUCGACCAAGAGGUCAUUGGCCCAGUGCUGCGGCAGCUGGAAGAGAGCGAUCAGCUCUGGCUGCAAGCCUUGGGCCCGCGAGGCUGGCGCCUGAGCACCGAGCCCCCGCAGCACCCAGGCCACAGAUACGGUCUGGGCAUCGCCAGCGCUCAGGAGAUCUCCGUCUUCGACCGGAACCUGCCGAAGCCCUUCUGCGACGACCCGCAGGCGAGCCAACAGUGGCAGAGGCGGCAGCAGCUGGAAACCUUUCUGGUGCACCCGAGCUUUCCGCUUAGCUCGCGGCAGUAUGUGCUGGAGCGGCUCCGGGAUUGGCGCCAGCGGGGCGUGCUGAGUGGGGUCCGGCAGGACGACUGGCGGCCCAACGGGACCAUGCCUACAGAUGCACACAUUCUGGAGAAUGUGGUCUUCCGCAUGCUGAACCUCUCGCUGGAGUUCUGCGACUGCUUCCUGGCUUCGGGGCAAUCUCCGCCGCAGGUGAAGCACCUGGGCCAGGACCCCACUUGCUUCCUGCGGCAGACGGUGGACCAAACUCUGACGCCGAAGCCGGCGCCCCACUACGAGGUGGUGGUGCUGCAAAAGAUGUGGAGGCUGCGGGCAGGCAACCGCAACCUGCUGGAGGCGCUGGCGCUGCUUUUGCACUUCCUGCGGAAGCACUCCAGGUCCUACACCAGCUUCCCGCAGUCCCUGCGGAACGUGCUGGAGGGUCAAAACUCGAGUGCCUGGUCGAGCAUCCAGAAUCUCUACAACCGAUUCUUUUAA